CUAUAUACUUUCUGGUUGAUGUUCUCGAUCGUAGUACUAACGAUCUCAGGCAUCUUAGCGCAUAACUUCCUACCUCUGCACAGUGCGCACAAAAUCGGUGUCUCCCAAUCCCUAACGUCACUGAUAUGUCUCGACUAUUAGAGGACUUCCUCAUAUUUUCGAUGGUGGCGUCGGCGUUUACCAUAGUAGCGCUGAUCCUUCUUGCGCUCCGAUCUCAGCCCCGGAUAGAGCUGGUCAUGAUGUGGACUUUGGCUGUUCUUUGGGUCGCCAUGGGUGCCUAUACAACCGACAUCAUCGGCCAUGUUGAAUGCGAUUCAUUAGAAGGCACAGUCCCGGCGGCCAGGGGGAGGAGAUAUUCAUACCGGCGUUACUGUCGAGAGGUCAAAGCCAUCGAGGCCUUCUCAUGGACGAACUUUGGCCUGUUUGCACUCUUCUUCCUCCUCCUUCUCCGUUUGAUCCUUCAGUACUCCGCUCGCGGCUACAAGGCUAUCUGGUCUGCCUCUGUUUCCGAAUUAGGGUGGUUCGACGAAGAGCUACAAGGCAACGGUGCACCACAAUAUUAUCAAACAGUUCCUGCUGGAGGCCAAACUUAUACUUAUCCUAACGUGACGACGUUUGGAAACAGCCAGCCCGUGUAUCAGCUCCCUGGGCACAGUGUGGUUAUUACAAAUGGACCAAAUGGGCGGCAGAUUGCGCAAGUACCCGUGGGUCAAGCGCCACCAGUCACGCCGCAGCCCACAAUAGGGGGGUUCUAAAGGAUAAUGUCUAUCCAACCAAAAGCAACCAUGCAAUCUAAUUGCUUUGUGAAUUCGGCUUUAGCGCCAUCCCAUCUUUCCUGAUGUUAACGUCUCUAUCAUCUGCCUACGUCACGAAUU